CCCCGCAGCCACAUAUCUCACUUUUCACUGUGGAAUUAACGGAGGAACUGAUCAGUGUCGGUCCCGUCUUCACACAUCAAGUGAGCACAAUUUAAGGCUUAAGCGCUCUCACUGUUGGAGAAGAGAACACCUUCUUUCCUCUCUUUCUUCACCCUCACCCUCCCUUUUUUCUUUUUUUUUUUUUUACCUUUGCUAAAGAAAAUAGUUGCAGUAAAAAUGUGAGUGAGACAGCACAUCUGACGGAUCUUUGAUUUGAGUUAUCAUCAAAGCUCGUUAAUGAAGAGGAAAAAAAAACAGCAACCUAGAACCAAUUAAAUUCCUCUAUUCAAGGGAGACCAUUCUAUUCACAAGCAAUUGGAUGAGUCGCAUUCGCCCUCGGCAACUAAGAAUGAUGUUACCAUGGAAACAAAUUGUUCUGCUAUCAAUCACAGGAUGCCUUGCAGUCUGUACAGAGGAUGUCAUAUUUCAAGGGCCAAGAUGGAGGAUGGAGCCAAGUGACCUAAUUUUACCGAUCAACAGCCCCGACCACCAGGCGACCAUCAUGUGCGAGGCAGAGGGGAGCCCGCCACCACAGUACAGAUGGUCACUAAACGGAACACUCAUUGAUCUGGGCAACGACUACCGGCGUCACAUGUCUGGGGGCAGCCUGAUCAUUAGCAACCUGGACAAGGACCAAGACACAGGGGUCUACCAAUGCAUGGCUUUCAAUAUGUGGGGGUCCAUCCUCAGCCGGAGAGCCACUCUUCAAUUUGCAUAUCUUGAUAACUUCAAAAGCCAGACGGUGAGGAGUGCUGUCAAUGUCCGGGAGGGCCAAGGAGUGGUUCUGCUAUGUGGACCUCCCACACAUUCUGGAGAGCUGAUAUUUGCAUGGACCUUCAACAAGUACCCAAAUUUUGUUCAACAAAACAGUCGAAGAUUCAUCUCUCAAGAGACUGGGAGUCUGUACAUUGCUAAAGUGGAGCGAUCAGAUGUGGGGAACUACACCUGCGUGGUUAACAACACCGUCACGAGGGAGAAGGUCCUUAGCUCUCCAACACCUUUGGUCCUCAGGAGUGAUGGAGUAAUGGGUGAAUAUGAACCCAAAAUAGAAGUACACUUCCCAGAUCCAGUGCCAGCUGCAAAAGAAUCUGUGGUUAACCUGGAAUGCUUCGCCCUGGGAAACCCUAUCCCAGAAAUAAGCUGGAGGAGGACCAGUGGUGUCCCUUUACCCAGCAAAGUCAAACUGAAGAAUUCAAAUGCCGUCCUUGAAAUCCCUAAUUUCCAGCAGGAAGACUCGGGGACGUAUGAAUGUAUGGCAGAGAACCGGCGAGGCAAAAAUGCUGCACGGGGUCGUGUUGCCUUCCAUGCUAAACCUCACUGGCUCCAGACAAUGACAGACACAGCUCUGUCCAUAGAGGAAAACCUCUCCUGGGAGUGUAAGGCCAAUGGAAAGCCUAAACCGUCCUACAGUUGGAUGAAGAAUGGGGAGCAAGUGAUACCUGAGGGCCGGGUACAAAUUGAAAAUGGGGCCCUUUCUGUGACUGCGUUAAACCUGUCCGACUCUGGGAUGUAUCAGUGUGUGGCUGAAAACAAGCAUGGCAUUAUUUAUUACAGUGCCCAACUAAUAGUGUUAGCUUCAGCUCCAAGUUUCUCUAAAAGUCAGUUGAAGGCCUUGCUAAAAGCUCGCUCAGGCGGGGAAGUCACUCUUGAAUGCAAGCCUCAGGCCUCGCCCCCAGCAAUUAGCCUGUGGAAGAAAGGGAAUGAGAUCCUGCAAGGAACUGAAAGAAUAUCUUUGUCCCCAAACGGAACAUUAAAACUGACUAACGUCACCAUGCGGGACGCCGGCAGCUACACGUGCAUCGCCAAGAAUCAGUUUGGAGCAGCAAGCACGACUGGACGGCUCCUUAUCACCGAGCCCACCAGAAUCACCAUGAGGCCCACUAACAUGGAGAUUAUUGUUGGUGAGAGCAUUGUGUUACCCUGCCAGAUUGCCCACGAUGCAGCGCUGGAUGUCUCUUUCUCCUGGGCGUUCAAUGGCCAGCUCAUCGACUUCCAGCAAGACGGAUAUCAUUUUGAGAGAGUGGGUGGGAGUAUAUCAGGAGAUCUGAUGAUUCGCAAUAUCCAGCUGAACCAUGGAGGGAAGUACGUUUGCCUCAUCAACACUGAUGUGGAGAGCCUGUCCACCUCUGCCAUUUUGGUCGUCAAAGGUCCCCCAGGCCCACCGGACAAAGUAGCAGUGGAAGAAAUCACAGACAGCACAGCCCAACUAUCCUGGACCCCAGGAAGGGACAACGGCAGCCCGAUUACCGGCUACAUAGUUCAGGCCCGAACACCUUUCACCGUAGGCUGGCAGGCUGUAGACACAGUGCCAGAGGUUGUGAAUGGUAACAUGCUGACCGCAACGGUGGUGGGCCUGAACGCCUGGGUGGAGUACGAGUUCAGGGUGGUGGCCUGCAAUGCCGUGGGCCUCGGAGAGCCAAGCCCACCCUCAGCCAAGACUAGGACGGAAGAUGCCAUCCCUGAUACAGCUCCCACUGACGUCGCAGGUGGAGGUGGCACCAAGUCUGAAUUAGUGAUAACAUGGGAGCCUGUUCCUGAGGAGCUGCAGAAUGGAGAGGGCUUUGGGUACAUCAUCGCCUUCAGGCCCGUGGGCACCGUCACGUGGACACGAGCGGUUAUCUCCACAGUCGGUGUGGCACGUUACGUCUUCCGCAAUGACACCAUCCCGCCCUUCUCGCCUUUUGACGUCAAAGUGGGAGCCUACAACAAGCGAGGGGAGGGGCCGUUCAGCUCUGUUGCCACUGUCUUCUCAGCGGAAGAUGUCCCCAGCGUGGCUCCUAAGAGGGUUAGAGCUAGAAGUUUGUCUGCAGCACAAAUUGAAGUGACUUGGGAAGAUGUCCCCGACAUCGCUGAAAGAGUGCUUGGAUACGAGGUUGUGUACUGGGAAGACGACACCAAGCCUGACACUGUAGGCAAAGUGCGCAUAACUGGAAACUACACACUGGUUAACAUCACUGGGCUGAAAGCGAACACAGUGUACUACCUCUCUGUGGCUGCCUUCAAUACCGCCGGCCCCGGACCGCAGUCAGCACCCAUCAAUAACACCACAAAGAAACCGCCUCCAGAUCGGGCUCCACUCAAUAUACAAUGGACCAUGAUUGGCUCCACACUCACACUACAUUGGGAUCCUGUGGUAGCCAUGGAGACAGAGUCAAAGGUCACUGGUUAUUUGGUUGUGCUGAAGAGACAUCGCUACAAUGAUAUCAACACCAUCCUCACCAACAAGACCACAGCUGUACUCAGCCUCUCAGCCAAUGACAACUAUCUCAUUCAGAUUAAGGCUAUGAGUGAUGGGGGAGAGGGUGUGGGCAGUGAACCCAUCCACAUCCACAGACUAAGCAUGGGCGCUCGGGGCUCCAGAGCGAGCCGCCUUAGCAACUGGUCCCACUCCGCAGCCCUGUUCAGUGCUCUGCUCUGCUCUGUAUGGUGAAGCUGAACCUCCGUCCGUGGAGCAUCUCCACCUCCGCUGUUUCAUGUAGCCUCUUCUAAUGCUGACCCUCCACUGGACUAACAAACCCCAGAUGUCAGUGGCUACACUUGGAAAGAGUGAGAAAGGAUUAGACUUCACCAGACUCAUAAAGGGACCUUUGCCACCUCUUUUAAUGACCAUCAGAUUUAAUCAUGGAGAUCUACAUGUGUGGUAUUUUUGGGGAUUUCUUCCAGUGUUCAAAGUGCCACUGUGCUCUAGAUCAUAUUCAGAGGUUCUGAUGUCUAUGUAAUCUAUCUUCUUUAGUACAUUUGGAGAUAAUAUUGCCUUAAAUCCCACUUUACAAAAACAGUCCAUACCAAAGUAGGUGACACAGGCUGCUUGUUUCAACCCUGUUCAAAAACGUUGAGUGAAAAUAAAUUAUCAGUAGGGAGAUCACACUAUUAUCAGUGGCUGCACCCACAUUUUAGCCUCAUUCAUUCAUUUAUAACCAUUUUUUUUUUGACAAUACAAACAUUCAUCACUAGCAAAAGAUUUUUAUCAGGAUUUGUUGAAUAUAAGACAAAUACGUAUUGAUCAGCUAUGCCUGAAUGCCACUUAUAUCUGGGUAGUGAAAUAAUAUCAAUUCUGUUAGAGAGCCACGGGUUGCUGAGUUUCAGCCUCAGCGACACUCUGAUAGAGCUUGGCAUUUUGCUCUCUAUCUCAUGCUCCUCUAAAUAAUAGAUGCAUAUCACACUCUGCAUUCUCAGUCUUGCAAAAAAAAAAAAAAGCGGUUGGAUCCAUGCGGUUCCUGUUCCAUACCGUUUCUUGCGAGGACCAGUGUUGUAAAUGGUAUCACAGAUACGAGAUGUCCCCCCCCCCCCCAGAUGACCUGCUGCCAGAG